UGUUUGAAGCUGUUUAUGUUUUGUAGUAAGUAAUUUCUUUAGAUCACUUUCUGUUCCAGAGAGUCAUUUGUUUAUUAAUUAAAAUAAACCACUCGCAAAAUGUCGGAGGAUAUAUUAUUUGAUUUCUUGCACGCUGAAAUCGUAAAUUACUGUCUAAAUAACAACAACAAAGAGAAUGAUUUUUCCGCCUUGGAGUAUAUUGGAUUCAACACUGGAUAUCGCCUAAUUGAGCGUCUAACACGUGAUGUGCAUCGAUUUAAAGAUGAAUUGGAGACAAUGAAAUUUAUAUGCACUGACUUUUGGACACUUAUCUACAAGAAACAGGUUGAUAACUUGCGUACCAAUAACCAUGGCAUGUAUGUGGUACAAGAUAAAGCAUUCCGAUUUCUUACACGAAUAUCGACAGGCUCAAAACAAUUAGAACAUGCGCCCAAGUUCGUAUUUUUCACUUGUGGUCUGGUGCGAGGAGCAUUAACGAAUUUAGGUAUAAACAGUACUGUGACAGCCGAAGUCCAAGCAAUUCCAGCAUGCAAAUUCCAUAUAGAGAUAAAUAGAAACUAAAGCCUUAUACAUUUAUACGCUAUGCAUUUUAAUUACAAUUUAAUUAGCUUCAAAAUUAUUAUAUAUUCGCAUAAAAGGCUAUGGCAUCUUUUUUGCCAAUGCGUAUUGUAUCUUUUAGUCUCCAAUUUGAUUUCUCGGGAAAAUGUGGUUCUAGUGGUAACGGAUCAGUAAAAACAUCCAUUCCAGUAAUCGGUCCAAUUAUAAGCAAACUAUUUCCUUUAUAGUUUUUGAGGUAGUUGAGGAAUGCAAUACGAUCAUUAAAAUAACAAAACAUUAGCGCAAAAUUCCAAUUUUUUAAUUUACAACACUUUUGAAGGUAAUCGACUUGUUCAACGUCUUCGUUUUUCAAAUCAUCAAUAUAAUUAAGGUUAAUGAAACUUUUGGUUGAAUAUUUGCUUUCCCACCAGGCUCGAUCAAUUUCGAUGCCAUUGACCGAAAUACCUAUUUACACGAAAUUAAUUAAUUUAAUUUAUAUAAAUUUGUUGGUUUACACACCUAAACUUUCUUGCACUAUCCAUUCGAAUAAUCCGUUGCCACAGCCUAUACUAAGUACAUGCUCUACUUUAUGUGCCGCCAGUAACGAACCAAACUUAAGUAAUUCAUUUUCGGUGGGCCAAAUCCACAUUAAGAUGCGCCGUUUGUCCAAAUCAAGUGAACUACCUAGUGAGAGCCAUUCUCGCCAAUUCUUUGUUGCAGGGUCGACCAAAUAAUUAAAUGUUGAGUCGUGAUAAGUAUUUUCAAGUGCAUCGCCCAUAAUAAAUAAACUUAUUCUGAUCUAUUGAAAAUCUUUCAAUGAUAUGAGAAUUCGCGCAUACGUUUCUUCUUCUACAUAUGUAUGUAUGUAUGUUGAAAAGAAACAGACAAUAGAUCAAAGCAGGCAACGUCACAUAGCUCUGCCCACGGUCAUUGCCAAAUUUCACCCUGCAUGCGUCGGCAGAAUUUGUAUACUUACUUGUCAAAGUAUAUAAUAAACUAAUGGCAUUGAGCCAAAUAAUUCUCUAUUUGUAAUAAAUGCUUUUAUUCUUUUUCA